GUCUCGGAUAUACGUUACGCUCUAAUGGCAGGAAAGGCUCGUUAACUAGCGCUAUCACCAUAAACAUGGAAUAUAUGGAAGUAUUUGUUGUGAUCAGAGCCAUCUUGGGCCGUGUCUACUGCCUUUUGUCACUUUGUUGGAUUUUACACGUUGGGUCAUUCGUUCACUUGUUCGCUGCGUUUUUUACAGGUAUCCCUAUGAUGACGGCGAUUGAUUUCCAGUCGACAUUAGACCCUAAAUUCAACCCCACGCCUAACAACGUCACCUUCAUGAGGGGCGACCUUGCUAUCCUGUCUUGCUCAGUAGAAAACUUGGGCACAAAAUUUGUGAUCUGGCGAAGGACAGCGGAUCCAAAUCCACUAUCCAUAGGCAAGACUGUGUUUGUGGCAGACGAUCGGUAUCACAUCAAUUAUAUAGACUACAGAGUUCAGUGGGAUCUGUAUAUCAAAAAUGUCAGCCAAAAAGAUGCAGGCCUCUACGAAUGUCAAGUCAGCUCUCGCGAACGCAAUAUACGACGAGUUGUUUUCUUAACGGUAAUAGAACCACCAGCAACGAGCCCAAAGCCGACACCUAAACCAAAAAUUUUAAUCACCGGAUCCCAGUUCGUAGAGAUAGGCAACAAAAUCUACCUCAUGUGUAAUGCCACAACAGAUGAUUUUCCUAACGACGAUUUAGACUGGUUUAAAGAUGGACACGAAAUUGUACAGAAUAAUAAUGACAAACAUAUCAGUAUAACGAAAUUUGUGUCGUUGAUAGACAAACUAAUAUACAGUGUAUUAACUGUGAAUAAUGUGAAACUGGAGGAUGCUGGGAAAUACGUGUGUAGAACAUCCGACCUCCAUAUAACAAGUACGCUUGUCAACGUCCUCAGUGAGCCCGACAAGCACGGGGAGCUGAUAGAUCCAACCCAUCCUCCCGGUGCUAAAUCAUCUAUUAUUAGACGAAGUGACACAGCAGAAACAGAGUCAACAAAUGGUUACUCCUCGGCAGCAUCGUCCUUAUUUGUUUUAUUACCCAUUUUAACAAUUCCAUUAACGUUAUAUAUACUUAUGUCAACGUGA